AUGUUUCUCCACAGAAGCCUCGGGUGUCUAAAUAGAGGCUCAUCGAUAAUAACCCCAGCACUCAGGCAUGGCCUCAAAACACGCAUAACUCCACCGACGUUGGCACCAUCAACACACUAUUUUUCCACAACGAAACCAAGCGGUCAAGAUGCAGCAACAACUGCCACUGGCACCAGCACCACGAGAAGCUCGCUAGCCAGCUUGAGUGACAAACUAGAACAACAAGCAGCAGAACGAAGCUCACCUGAGCCAUCGCCAUUAUCGCCAGCGUCUGCCUUCUCCUCGUCCAAACCCACCAAGGCCCAGGCCAAUGAAAAAGUCGUGCUUUGGAAACUUUACGCAAGAUUCAACAGACACAACACCAGAUGCACCUUGGUCGCCGUAGUGGAAGACUUGAACUUUAUGCAAAAUAACCAGCAUUUGUCUUACAACGACCAGGUGCUUUAUUACUUGCAAUUGCCCCACAAGGUCAAAUACAACGUCAGUGCCGGUAUGUUGGGGUUCAAAAAGUCGCAGAGACAGGAGUACGAGGCUGCGUUCCAGGUCAGCGCCAAGAUGUUCAGGACCAUCGAAGAAAGAGGCUACAUUGGUCCCAACGACAAGAUCGAGUUGGUCUUGACCAACUUCGGCAAGGGGCGUGAAGCCUUCCAAGCGGCGUUGUUGGGCAAGGAAGGCUCGAGGAUCAAAAAGAACAUCGUCAGGGUCGUUGAAGGCACCAAGCUCAAGUUUGGCGGUGACAGAGCAAAGAAAUUACGUCGUUUGUAA